AUGGGGAGCAUAUCACCAGAAGAAGAGACAGAAAAUGCCAGGGAAGUCACACCGGAAGAGAGGCCACAGAACAGGGAGGGCAUCCCAACAGAAGGGAGGCCACAAGACAUGGAGAGCAUCUCACCAGAAGAGGAGAUACAAAAUCCCAGGGAAGUCCCACCCGAAAAGAGGCCACAAGACAGGGAGGGCAUCCCAAAAGAAUGGAGACCACAAGACAUGGAGGGCGUCCCACCCAAACAGAGGCCACAAGACAGAGAGGGCAUCCUACCCAAAGAGAGGCAACAAGACAUGGAGGGCGUCCCACCUGAAGAAGAGCCACAAAAUGCCAGGGAAGUCCUACCCAAAGAGAGGCCACAAGACAGGGAGGGCAUCCCAACUGAAGGGACGCAACAAGACAUGGAGGGCGUCCCACCUGAAGAAGAGCCACAAAAUGCCAGGGAGGCCACAAUACAUGGAGAGCAUCUCACCAGAAGAAGAGACACAAAAUGCCAGGGAAGUCCCACCCAAAGAGAGGCAAAACCACCCGAAGAGAGGCCACAAGACAGGGAGGGCAUCCCAACUGAAGGGAGACCACAAGACAUGGGGAGCAUCUCACCAGAAGAAGAGACACAAAAUGUCAGGGAAGUCCCACCCGAAGAGAGGCCACAGGACAGGGAGGGCAUCCCAAAAGAAUGGAGACCACAAGACAUGGAGGGCGUCCCACUCAAAGAGAGGCCACAAGACAGGGAGGGCAUCCCACCCAAAGAGAGGCAACAAGACAGGGAGGGCAUCCCAACUGAAGGGACACCACAAGACAUGGAGAGUGUCUCACCAGAAGAAGAGACACAAAAUCCCAGGGAAGUCCCACCCGAAGAGAGGCCACAAGACAGGGAGGGCAUCCCAACUUAA